AAUGCUUGGGCGGCUCGCCUCAAGAACUUAGCCUCGAACUGCAAGAUGGGAAAUCAUCUUCAGCACAGUUUGCUGAUGAAAUUUGUUGACGGAUUGGACGGGAAAGCGUACGAUCGCAUAUGCGAAGAAGACGAAUCCCUAACAUUUGAGCGGGCGUACGAGAUAGCAGUUAAAUAUGAGCCGGAUUCGAUCAAAGUAGCAGGAAUUUUUCAAAUCGAUCAGAAUAAACAGGGAGCAAACCGUCGACAGACUACCGGAAAUCGAGGACAACCGAUGGGCAGAUGCUUAGCUUGCAACAGGCAAGGUCACUACAAACGGGAUUGUCGUUUCAAGGAAUAUGUCUGCAAGAAGUGUAACAAACGAGGUCACUUACAGGCGGCCUGUUCGUACCAGCGGAAUUUCUACGUAAGAGAGCAAGAUGAGCAGCAAAUGGAGGAAGCAGAGGAUGAGGUGACCUUGCAGCAAAAUUUCAUCAAUUUCAGUAUUUGAAGUGCUAUAAGCAGAUGUAAGCAAUUAAACUACAAUUAUCUUAUGAUCUUAUUGCUAUCCAUGGUAACAUAGAAUUAGUGCGGGGAUGUGAUAUAUGUUAUGUUCAUCCGACAACCCC